CAAUUCGUAAAUACCUACUUCCUUUCACCUGAAGAUAGAUACUUAGAAAAUUAUUCGUAUAUCGUGAACAGAAAAUCACAUAAUGAGUGUUAGCAGUGUUUAUGAUUAUCUUAUGAUUGACUUAGCAGAUUCGGUCACGCGCAAUUGGGCGUUAGUAGAAACGCCAUUCCCAGUAAUAAUUAUAACCUUUGCUUACUUGUAUUUUGUACUUUACGCCGGACCAAGUUACAUGAAGAAUCGACAAUCAUUCAAUCUGAGGAUCUUUAUAUUAUUUUAUAACGUAUUUCAAAUUCUUGCUAAUGCGUGGCUGGUGCACAGUUACGUAUCUGCCGGCUGGUUUACUAAAUAUAGCAUAAAAUGUAGUAAUAAUAAUGAUCUGACGAGUACAAAUGGUUUAAAGCUAAUAAUUAUUACAUGGUGGCUAUUACUAAUUAAAGUAAUUGAUUAUAUCGAAACGUGUGUAUUUGUUUUACGGAAAAAACAAAAGCAAGUUUCGACGUUGCAUAUAUAUCAUCAUAUGUCUACUGUCUUUAUUGUAUGGUAUUUUCUCAAAUAUAUAGCGGACCCCAGAGCAACAUUUGUGUGCUUAGUUAAUUGUUUUAUACAUGUUAUCAUGUAUACAUAUUACUUCAUUGCAGCGUGGAGCACAACUAUGCAACAAAAAGUAUCUGUUUUUAAACCAUAUAUUACGAAAUUACAAAUGACGCAGUUUGUUGCACUGAUAUACUAUGGACUACAGGCUUUCCUAGAUCCAGAAUGCAAAGUACCACAGCGAGCAGAAGCAUUUUUAUUCGUAUUUCUUUUGAACAUGCUACUAUUUCUCUACUUAUUUUAUGACUUUUAUAAAAAGACAUAUGGCACAAAACAGAAACAGAAAACUGCAAAACACGAAGAAUAAAAUUUAUGUAUGUAACAAACAGGGUUGAGAAGUAACACGUUACUUGUAACGUCGUUACCGUUACAGUUAGUAAAAACAAUGUUUUCUGUGUAAACGUACGCUAAAAUUAGUGGCCGUGAGAGUUAGAAAUAAAAUACAAUAAGAUAUGAGAUAGCCGCUUCUCUUUAUUUCAAAUCACAUCAUUAUAACAUGUUAAAUUGAGAGUAACCAAGUGUUUUACUAACAUUCAAUUUCCUAGCCAGUUCUUUGCGAUAGAUGUGAAAUUUUAUCUAAAACUUUCUGCAGAUUUUUAUGUUUAAACUUCUUUCUCUGCAUGUAGGAUAAGACCAAGCGUUUUCUGAAGUUUUGCGAAUUUUUCACGGUUUGUAAACGUUUCCAAAUACAUGUUUGUAAAACAAUCAGUUUCCUAGCCAGUUCCCAUUGCGAUGUAUUUAAGUUUUCAUCAAAAAGUUUCUGCAAUUCUUUAUCUGGAAACGUUUUUUUCAAACAUGAGUGUACGACUUUUAAUUCAAAAUUGCCACGUUCGAAUCUGCAAAAUCACUUUUCGCGUAUUUGGAUAAAUGGUGCAGACUUACGAUAACUUUGUUUUAUAAGUUGAUAAGCUUCAUAGUCUAAUUUGUUUUGAUCAAAAAAGAAAAAAAAUUGGUGUCGAAAUGUCGGAUAUCACAAUCUAUGGUUUUCACGCGUAGUACCAGAUUUUGUAAUCAAUGAUUAUGUUUAGAUGACUACUUCUGCAUUUGUUAAAUCGCAGAAAUAUUACAGCUUGAUAUAGGACAGAUAAUGAAUAUAAAUCCUGUACUAAUUUAAAU